AUGUCCAAAGCAAUUUACAUAUCACCAAUUGACGGCAAGCCCGGCAAGCCAGGCCAAGUCUACUAUCCGCUCUCCCUCCGUACCAUCCCCAAGCCUUCCCCGCAAGGGGGUGAGCUACUGGUGAAACUGAGUGCCGCGGCGCUUAACCACCGUGAUCUCUUCAUCCGCCAACACCUCUACCCCGGCGUGACCUUCGAGGUGCCCCUUCUUGCGGAUGGAGUUGGUACCGUUGUCGGAACUGGCCUGAACGUCCCUAGCCCAGAAAAAUGGCGAGGCAGGCGGGUGAUCUUGAACCCCGGUGCUGGUUGGACGGACUCGCCCGAUGGACCAGAGGAGGCUACUGGACUCCGGAUAAUGGGCGGCACGAAGGUUUAUGAUAAGGGGACUUUGCAGGAGUAUAUUACCAUCGAGUAUUCGGAGGUUGAGGAGGCACCUGAGCAUCUUUCUGAUGCCGAGGCUGCGGCUCUGCCUCUGACGGGCCUGACGGGCUGGAGAGCUUUGAUUUCCAAGGCCGGUGAGAGGAACUCUGGAGGUGGUGCUGCCGUCUUGGUUACAGGCAUUGGUGGUGGUGUGGCUCUGAUGGUGCUGCAGUUUGCUGUUGCCAGAGGUGCGCAUGUGUUGGUGACGAGCUCGAGCCAGGAGAAGAUUCAGAAGGCCGUUAAACUAGGUGCUGCCGGUGGUGUUAGCUAUAAGGAAGACGGUUGGGAAAAGACGCUGUUGGGUAUGCUCCCAGCCGGGAAGAAGAACUUUGAUGCCAUCAUUGAUGGUGCCGGUGGUGAUUCUGUUGAGAAAUCCGUCCAGUUGCUUAAGACCGGCGGUGUUCUCUCUGUCUAUGGAAUGACUGUGUCUCCUAAGAUGCCAUUUACGAUGUCUGCUGUCCUCAAGAACAUCGACGUCCGCGGUUCCACGAUGGGCUCCCGAAAGGAGUUCAAGGAGAUGAUUGAGUUCGUCAAUGCGAAGAAAAUCCGCCCUGUGGUGUCUCGAGUUCUGCAAACUGGGCUGGAUGACAUGUCCGCAAUUGACGGGCUGUUCGAAGACAUGAAAAAGGGCACGCAAUUCGGCAAAUUGGUGAUCGAGUUCGGCGGGUCGGGCAGUAAGCUGUGA